AUGUCCAUCCGCAUCCUGAAGGCCUUCCUUUGGCUGCUCUGCAGCCUCCGGACUGAUGCCACCUACAAGGGGUUUGUCAAUCCGUUGCGGCACUACAACGCCUCCGAUGGCUCUUUGCGCUUCGUGCUGCAGCUGGCGGACAGCGAGUCCACUGAAGAGCUGGCAGCGGCUGUCCAGGACUUCCUCGUCCAUUUCGAUGAGUACAAGGCCAAUUUGGCCCAGUUACGGCGGGGCCGCAACGUGGGCAACGGCCGGUGCAUUCCAACCCUGGUGGACACCCAAAACGUGUGGCCAACCGUGGAGCGGAUUGCUGCAGCUGGCUACCAAUUGACACGGCGGUACGUCAACGUGGGAGCCCACGACGGUCAUUCCGAUGAUCCGCUCUAUGACUACGCCCGCUUCAGCAAUGCCACUGGUGUAGCUGUCGAGAGAGACGCUGAGAGAUGCGCGCGCCAUAGGGAGGUGCUGCCGAACGUGGGCGUGGCUUGCUCUGAGGUCACUCCUCAAAACAUUCUUGAACUGAUUCAUCCGGCGUUGGAUGGGUCAGACCUUGACGUGCUGAAGGUUGACAUUGACUCCUAUGACUGCCCCGUGCUGGAGAUGAUUUUGCCCCAAGUCAACGCCAAGAUUGUACUUGUGGAGGCCAAUCCAUCCAUCCCACCGCCGUACCAGUGGUCCAUGCUCCACCACCCGCAGCUGUGGAGUUUCUUUAACUCCUUCCACAGUCCCGAGGAGGUGCCCAUCCGUGGGUGCUCGCUAGCCUACGAGGUCCAGCUGCUUCGACGCCACGGCUAUGAUCUGGUGGCGUUUGGCGGGCAUGAUGCUGUCUUCACUCACGAGUCGGCGUCCAUGGACAAAGCAGGUGCGGAGUGCCUUCUUGCCUUAUGA